GGGUCAGAAUGACAGAGCAUCUCCCCUGAGUCUCCACUCAUCAUCUUGCCUUGCAAAAGUUGCUCUGUUCUCCCUGAGGGCAGCAGAAAUGCUGAGGAUUUCUGAUAUCCAAGAAUACCAGGAGAGAUAUGGGGGGAGCUUAAAAACAAAAACCUCAGAACUCUUAAACACAAAAGGGUGUCUGUGUGUGUUCCAGGGGAGGGUGUACAGGAAAUGGCUUUGGUUGUGGUUACAGAUCUCCUCUAACUUUUCAAUUGUUUCAUUCCUCAUGAGCAGGUGCCCAUGGCCAGACACAGCCAAUGUCCAACAGCAGCUCCAUCAGCCCCUUCCUCCUGCUGGCAUUGGCAGACACGCGGCAGCUGCAGCUCCUGCACUUCUGCCUCUUCCUGGGCAUCUCCCUGGCUGCCCUCCUGGGCAACGGCCUCAUCAUCAGCGCCGGAGCCUGCGGCCAGCACCUGCACAGCCCCAUGUUCUUCUUUCUGCUCAGCCUGGCCCUCACCGACCUGGGCUCCAUCUGCACCACUGUCCCCAAAGCCAUGCACAAUUCCCUCUGGGGUACCAGGCACAUCUCCUACUCAGGUUGUGCUGUUCAGGUGUUUCUGUUUGUCUUCUUCAUGGGAGUAGAGGUUUCCCUCCUCACCAUCAUGUGCUACGACCGCUACGUGUCCAUCUGCAAACCCCUGCACUAUGGGACCCUCCUGGGCAGCAGAGCUUGUGCCCACAUGGCAGCAGCUGCCUGGGCCAGUGCCUUUCUCAAUGCUCUCAUGCACACGGCCAAUACAUUUUCCCUGCCCCUGUGCCAGGGCAAUGCCCUGGGCCGGUUCUUCUGUAAAGUGCCCCAGAUCCUCAAGCUCUCCUGCUCACACUACAAGCUCAGGGAACUUGGGCUCAUCGCUGUCAGUGUCUGUUUGCUCUUUGGCUGUUUUGUGUUCAUUGUUUUCUCCUAUGUGCAGAUCUUCAGGGCCGUGCUGAGGAUCCCCUCUGAGCAGGGCCGGCACAAAGCCUUUUCCACGUGCCUCCCUCACCUGGCUGUGCUCUGUCUGUUCCUCAGCACUGCCAUGUUUGCCCACCUGAAGCCCCCCUCCAUCUCGUCUCCAUCCCUGGAUGUGGCCCUGUCAGUUCUGUACUCAGUGGUGCCUCCAGCCCUGAACCCCCUCAUCUACAGCCUGAGGAACCAGGAGCUCAGGGAUGCCCUGAGGAAAAUGAUGACUGGAUUUUUUCAGCAGCAAUAAAGUGCCGGUUUUGUUCUCCA